AUGAAGCCUGCAGAAAGAAGAAGAAGAAGCCGUGCGGCCUCACAAGCUCCUCGUGACAGUGUUGGACGCUUCACUCCAAGAAAAAAGACCGCUGGAUCUAGUCGUCUUACGGCCCGUUCCGUUUCACGCCAAGAAACUUCUCGUCAAAGUCGCCGUCGCAGUCGUAGUGCCAGAUCGGCGUCUAGCUACCGUAGCAGCCGCAGUCGCAGUGGCAGUCGCUCCCGAUCUCGAUCUUCGUCUCGUCGUCGUUCGAUUUCGAGAAAACCAGUGAAAGGAAGAGGACGUAAAAUUGGAAGCAAAUCGGUUCGUGCUCGCAGCUCCCGUACUCGUUCUCGAUCUCGAUCCGUUUCUACUGCCAGAGAACCAAGUCAUCGUCGCGUUCGUCGUGUUCGCUCUACAAAAGAGAAAUCUCGCAGCAGAAGUCGUUCAGUUUCAUCUCGUCGCUCAUCCAAGAGAAGCGUAUCAAGACGUUCUUCUCGUCGUGCCACUCCAAAACCAAAAGGAAAAUCUCGUCGGGCAGCUCGCGAGACUUCAAUCCGGAGUUCAAGCAGUCGCAGUCGCAGCCGUAGUCGCAGUGGAUCUCGCCGCAGAUACGGAAAUGCAAAAUCCACGAGAAGUCAUCGUAUGGGAUCUCAUUGUGGAUAA